AUGUUUGAUAACCCAUCAUUCGUGCUCAAGGGCAUCCUGGAUACUGAGAUCCAACAAAAGCCGGUUCCAGAGAUUCACGCUCGUUUACUUAAUCGUUCCAAUCGAGGUUCUAGUCCAAAUACUGUCGGAGGCGUUUCCUUCCUCAUGACCAUCCUUAUUUGGUUUGUUGACUCGACAAUCGAGAACGCCCUUUCAUCCGCCGUGGUGGGUUUGAUGUAUGGGCCUAUAUUUCCCGGGACACUGGGCCUUUGUAACGAUAUCCUUCCGAGAGACGUGCACAUGGUUUCAAUGGCUAUUCUCACUGCUGUUGCUAGCGCAGGAAGUGUCUCUCAAAAUGUGGCCAUGUUCGUCCUUUGGCUCUUCUUCCCCUCGUCUCCACCUGUGCGCGUUUCAUAUUCUGUGUGA